GUAAAAGAACGUUUUGAGAAUGAGUUGAGAGAGUUGAAGAUUAUAGGAGAGCACGUUAAUAGCCAUCUGGUCGUGAAGAUCCAUUCUCGGGAUCUGGAUUUGGAGCUCAAGAUGUUGAACAGCAAAGAAGACAAUCAGCCGACCAUAUCAAGUCCGAAUAUCGCAAGAAAUUCACCGUUCGCUAACCAGGACCAGGACCAGAACCAGGACGGCCAUUUAUCGAGAAGUCGGAUGAUAUCCACGUCUUCUUAUGCAGAAAGGGGUCCGACCAGGAAGAAAAGUACUUUUCAUAGAAUUCACGAGGUAGAAAGUGGACAUUCAUCGGGUAGGUCUUGGUGGUUUGAUCUUUGUAUCAAGUGUAAUUCAGAGGACGAAGCACAACAUUCAUGGCAACCUUCGUUCUGGCCGAACUUCUGCCCACACCCCUUUUGUCCUUCAUAUCGGCAAGUUAGCAGAAUAGUAUCCUUGGUGCUGAUAGGAUCUUUCAGUUGGUGCAUAUUAUUCUCAAUUAUAGGAAAUGCAGCCGCUCCUCCAAAUGGAAAGCUUUUUCAACUCAUCCUGCUAAGCAUUUGUGCCCAUAUCGGCGGGUGGCUGAUAGGGUUGACCACGUUACCAGCGUUGAUUGGAAUGCUGUUCACAGGACUUCUAUUGCAAAAUAUCGGAGUUGUGGAUAUAAAUGAAUCAUUUAGUGAUAUUAAUAAACAUCUGAGCGAUGUUGCCUUAGUUAUAAUAUUGACACGAGCAGGGCUAGAUCUCGACCCAAAAGCUCUGAAGAAACUGAAAUUCACAGUACUGAAACUGGGAUUGGUGCCAUGGUUGACGGAAGCUGGAGUUGUUGUUAUUUUUUCUAAAUAUUUAUUAGGAAUCGACUGGAAAUUUGGAAUACUUCUAGGCAGUAUCAUUGCUGCUGUAGCUCCAGCAGUAGUGGUACCAUGUCUAUUUCGUUUGAGAUCCAAAGGAUACGGAGUAGCAAAAGGCAUACCAACGCUUAUAAUUGCCGUGGCCAGUAUAGAUGAUGCUUUAUCAGUAGCAAUAUUUGGUAUAAUCAAAGGGAUUGUCUUCAGUAACUCUUCUAUCACUACUGGUGUGCUUCUGGGAAUGGUUUCCAUAGUUGCAGGAAUAGGCAGUGGAGUCAUCUGGGGAAUCUUCUGCAACUACUUUCCAGAGCGCAACGACCCCUUCGUUACCCCCCUCCGUAUUCUCCUUCUCCUCACUGGAGGCAUGGGGGCAGUAUUCGGUAGCGACCUGAUAGGCUACGGUGGAGCGGGACCGCUAGCCUGUGUUGCCGCAGCCUUCGUAGCUAUAACCUGCUGGUCCAGGAACGACUGGGACAUCGAAGAUAACCCUGCCGCGACGGCCUUCGAAAUCUUCUGGAUGAUUUUCCAGCCGAUCUUAUUCGGGAUCACAGGAGCCAGGAUUAAGCUGCACGAGCUAGAUGGAAACGUAGUGUUACUGGCCCUUGGGAUGCUACUGGCUUCAGGACUGAUGAGGAUGCUGGUGACGGGUGUGAUCGGGAUUGGCUGUAGUUUGAAUUUGAAGGAGAAAGUAUUUGUUUCCAUUGCGUGGAUGUGCAAGGCAAUCGUGCAGGCUGCUUUGGGGCCAGUUGCGUUGAAUAUGAUCAAGAAAAACAAUGAUACAUCGGACACCCAAAUUGGACAACGAAUUCUAACCACUUGCAUCUUGUCAAUAAUACUGACAGCACCAACUGGUGCUUUACUGACGACUCUACUGGGUCCUCACCUUUUAACAAAAACAAAGUUGAUUCCUGAAGUUAUGAUGAACCAGAGAAAGAGGAGUCGGAAAAUGUCGUUCAGAGAUAUAAGUCCUUUGGACACGGAUGAAGAGAAAGUUGAACAGGUCGAAAAACACAAAAUGUCUGUUGUUGUGGAAGAAAAUGACGAGAACCUGAUAGCUUAAAGACGAU